AUGCAAACAAACGUUUUAACAGUUUUAAAAUAUAGCCGGGUCAUUAAAAUACCAAAGAUAAAAGUAACAGGCAGCAGAAAGAACCACGCAGCCAGCACAGUCAACUAUGGAACCAAGACAAACAACUAUGGAACCAAGACAAGCAACUAUGGAACCAAGACAAGCAACUAUGGAACCAAGACAAACAACUAUGGAACCACGACAAACAACUAUGGAACCACGACAAACAACUAUGGAACCACGACAAACAACUAUGGAACCAAGACAAGCAACUAUGGAACCAAGACAAGCAACUAUGGAACCAAGACAAACAACUAUGGAACCAAGACAAACAACUAUGGAACCAAGACAAACAACCAGGGAACCAAGACAAACAAGUAUGGAACCAGCAAAAAUAACUAUAGAACCAGCAAAAAUAACUAUGGAAUCAAGACAAACAACUAUGGAAUCAAGAGAGACAACUAUGGAAUCAAGAGAGACAACUAUGGAAGAGAGACAACUAUGGAACCAAGAGAGACAUCUAUGGAACCAAGACAAACAACCAGGGAACCAAGACAAACAAGUAUGGAACCAGCAAAAAUAACUAUAGAACCAAGAGACAUCUAUGGAACCAAGAGAGACAACUAUGGAACCAAGAGAGACAACUAUGGAACCAAGAGAGACAACUAUGGAACCAAGAGAGACAACUAUGGAACCAAGAGAGACAACUAUGGAACCAAGAGAGACAACUAUGGAACCAAGAGAGACAACUAUGGAACCAAGAGAGACAACUAUGGAACCAAGAGAGACAACUAUGGAACCAAGAGAGACAACUAUGGAACCAAGAGAGACAACUAUGGAACCAAGAGAGACAACUAUGGAACCAAGAGAGACAACUAUGGAACCAAGAGAGACAACUAUGGAACCAGCACAAACAACUAUGCCAGCACAAAUAACUAUGGAACCAGCACAGACAACUAUGCCUACUAUGAACCAACACAAAGAACCAAGUAA